CCACGUGGAAGACACCAGCCACACCUGGCCACAUGGUGUGAGUCACUUACAUUAAAUAGGCAGAGUGGGCAAAUCCGCAGAGACACCAAGUAUUUCAACAGUGCCCAGGAGGCAUGAUUUCCUGGCUAUUGUGGCCUUUAAAUUUGUUUCGGAAAAUGGAGAUAUAAUUCACAUCCCAUAGGGCUCGCACUUGUCAGAGUAAAACUCAGCGUUCUUUUUAUUUUGUGUGUUCCCAGAGCUGUCCCACAUCAACCCACCCCCUGAAGAAGGAUGUGGAGCUUUUACAUUCCACAUCCACAGGGACGGAUUAUAAAAUGGAUCUGCGUGACUUUCCUUGCAGAAUGUAAUGCACACCUGAUCAUUGCAAUAUGUCACGUCUGGGGCUGUGCCUGGCUGGGGCCGCGGGGUCCCACAUCCCUUGGUGGCUGAGUCCUCGGGGCACUUUUGAUUGACCUGAGGCCUGAGAAGUGGAGGUUGGUUCAGAGGUCGGGGCCUCACGCUUUCAAUGGGCCAGGUUAAAACUCAAGGAGACCAAUCAUCCCUUAGGUGAGGCCACAGACCAGUGACUUUCUUCUCUCUUAUUUUUUAAUUUUUUAAAUGUUCUUUUAUUUUUGAGAGACAGAGGCAGAGCACAAGUGGGGGGAGGGCCAGAGAGAGAGGGAGACACGGAAUCUGAAGCAGGCUGCAGGCUCUGAGCCACCCAGGCACCCCGUCAGUGAGCUGUUCUUAAACACAGGGGACAAGUGUAUCGUCACCCCGUGUCGACCACGAACACAGGGUCACCAGGCCAUUCUGUUCUGUCGCGUCCCGAUUCGACCCUGGACUAGGGAGUCUCCGCAGAGAAAGUGAGUCGGAUUCCCUGAACAGAAUAGGAGGAGGCGGGCUGCUCAGCUCGCCCCGAGCUCUUUCAGCUGAGAGCCCACCUCCUGGCAGGCGGAUCGGACGCGUGUGUACCGCCAGCCUGUCACUCGGGGGGAAAAAGGCGGGACCUGGGGUUAUCUACCCAAUUUUCGGCCACCCAGGACUACCCUCCAAUCAGAACGGGAAGGGCCGAAGGCUGUCCUAUCUACGGUGAGGAAGCGAGGUGGCUUGGUAACGUCCAAUCGGGUUUUGGGGGAUUAUCUUCGGAACCCAUCCAAUCAGGUCGCAGGGACUGAAGGAUCGCCCAAUCAGGGCCCGGGACCUGUACACCACCCAAUCAGGCCCGAGCGAGAGCCCGGUGGGUGUGGCUCUCCGCCGGGGCUGCUGGUGCAGUCGGAUCCUGCGCUGCCACAGUUGUGGGGGUGCGCGCCGUGGGAGGACGCCCCGAGGGCGCGGAGCGGGGUCGCGAGAUGGCCUCUGUGGUCUUUGAGGAUGUGGCUGUGAACUUCACCCCGGAAGAGUGGGCUUUGCUGAAUCGUGGUCAGAGGAAGCUCUACAGAGAUGUGAUGCUGGAGACCUGCAGGAACCUGUCUGCUGUGGGUUGUCGAAGUCAAGGUAACACAAGUGCAUCAAGGCUUCAGUGGAGCAUUUUGCUGAAUGAGCCACUGGGAGAAGACAAAACAGGAAUAUUUACAAGAAAAGAUUCGUGUUCUGUUUUUGGAGAAAAGCAGACAUUUUGUAGCAGAGGAGAUCACCUGCAAACCCAGGAAGGGCAUUCAAGAAGUCCUUUGGUGGAGAGUGUCUGUGAACGUAUUGAAGGAGAUCCAUGUGGAGAAACCCUGAACCCGAUUACAAGUCUUACUGUGCAUGAGGGUUAUCCUACUAGAGGCAAAUCCUGUCAACAUGCUAAGCGUAGAGAAGCCUUCGCAGAUGGUUCCUUCCUUGGGAAGCCAAGAGGAUCUCACCCAGGACUCAAACCUAGUCCCGGUGAGGAGUGUGGGCUAGCCUGCAGCUGCGUCGUGAGCCUCAGCACUCACACGGACACAGACCUUAUAGAGGAACCCGAUGAAAGUCAGGACACUGGGAGAGUAUCUAAGACAUCGAAGAGGCUCAGUAGUAAAAAAUCUCUAGAGUGCAAGAAAUGUGGAAAAGCUUUCACUCGCACGUCUUCCUUUCAGGGUCAUGUGCGAGGUGACUGUGGAAAGAGAGUCCCUGCAUGUGACGUGUGUGGGAAAGUCUUCAGGUAUAAGUCAAGCUUGCGGACACAUAAGAAAACACACACUGGGGAGAAGUCCUAUGAAUGUCAGCACUGUGGGAAAGCCUUCUCUGGUCGCAGUUCCCUUGUAAGACAUGUGAGAACACACACAGGGGACAGACCCUAUGAAUGUAAGGAAUGUGGGAAAUCUUUUUGGAAUUGUGGACAUUUUAAUCGGCACAUGACCAUGCACAGUAUGGUGAAACCCUGUGAAUGUAAGCAGUGUGGCAGAGCCUUCCGGGAUCAGACAGAUCUGCGAAUCCAUAUGAGGACACACACGGGGGAAAGACCCUUUGAAUGUCAGCAAUGUGGGAAAGCCUUCAGAUAUCUUGGAAAUCUGCGAGAACAUAUGCGGACACACACGGGGGAGAGACCCUACGAAUGUCAGGAGUGUGGGAAAACCUUCAGGUACAACUCAAGUCUGCAAGCUCAUGUGAGGACACACACUGGGGAGAGACCCUAUAAAUGUCAGCACUGUGGAAAAGCCUUCAUUCGACACCACACCCUCGUACUACAUACUGCGAGAAGACACUCAGGGGAUGGACACUUGGAAUGUAAGGAGUGUGGGGAAACCUUCCGGAAGCAUCGACCUUUUCAACGUCACAUGACCACUCACAAUGUAGUGAAACCCUAUGAAUGCGAGGAGUGUGGGAAAGCCUUCAGGUAUCACAGAGACCUACAAAUACAUGUGCGGACACACACUGGGGAGAGGCCCUAUAAAUGUCAGCACUGCGAGAAAGCCUUCACCUCCUCUGAGAACCUGCGAGUACACAUUAGGACACACACUAGAAAGUGACCCUAUGAAUGUCCGCAGUGUGGGAGGGCCCUCAAGUGUCCAUCACACCUGGAAACACACACGUGGACACACACUGGGGAGAGACACCAUGAUUUUAAGGAGUGUGGACAAACUUUCCAGAAGCGUGAACAUUUCAAACGUCACUCGAACAUGCACAGUGCAGUGAAACUCUGAAUAAGCAGCGUGGCCUCCUGGGAUCACACACAUCUGCAGGUACAUGUGAGAACACACACUGGGGAAACUUCGUAAAUGUCUGCUCUGUGGGAAAGCCUUCGUUUGUCUCUCUUCCCUUCAAGGACACACACACGGGCAAGCACAGUGACGUGAAACCCUGUGAACUUCAGCACCGUGGAAAAGCCUUCAGGUAUCCCAGGAAUCUGUGAGCACAGACACACUGUGGGAAAGCAUUUAUUCUCCCUUAAAAUUUUAUUGGGAAUGUGAGCCAACACACUGGAGAUGACCCUGAACAAACAAGAUUUUGGGAAAACAUCAGGUAUAGAACUUGAUGUAUUUUGUUCACAAAAAUUCCGGCAGGACAGAAAUCUUUUCAUUGUUAUGAAUAUGACUUUGUCUUUCAAAGUGUCUCUUCCUUAAUGGGGAUCCCAAAUGUAUGAAUUCCUAGUUCAUGUCACUGAUAUGAAUGCUACUGGUUUUAAGUGGCCUUCUUUCUCCUCUGCAUCUGUACAACAUAGAUGUUGUUGUCUCAGAUUUCAAGUAAUCACACUGUUAUGCACAACAUGUCUCCUUUCCAUUAGUAUAUAUCUCAGACCCAAGAGUGAGAAAAGAGAGUGUGUGUGUGUGUGUGUGUGGCAGUGUGUGUACAACUUUAUAUAAUUAUAGAAAAAGAUUUCUUUAAUUUCACCUUGCAGAAUGUUUCUAGUAUAUGAUCACAACAUGUAGACUUCUAUUGUUGAAAGUUCUGUUCUCUGUUGCAGAUACUGCAAUUUCCUGAGUCAGUACCAACUCUUCUAUUCAAUCCUUAUUAUUAAAGGAUAUAUUUUCACAUCAGUUCUCUUUUUUUUGUUGUUU